AUGGGGAAAGACGAGCUUAUCAAAAACGUUCUCUAUGUUAUGAACAUUAUCUACGCGGUGUUCGGACUCGUCACCGCGGCCACUGGCAUCUGGUUCUUUGUGCAGCUGACUGAGUUCGUCGGCCUCAGGAACAGUAACCACUACCUACUGGACUACAGGAUCUACUGGCCCCAGGUGGCACCAUGGCUGUUCAUCCUACUCGGAAUAUUCAUUCUCAUGAUCUCCUUCUGUGGAUGGUGCGGUGCCAACCGGGAGAGCCGAGGGAUGCUCGGCCUGUUCGGGCUAUUCCUCGUCCUCAUCGUCGUGCUGCAGCUGAUCGCCGCCACCCUCAUCUUCGUGUACGUUGAUGGAGAAGACACCGACCGGUUCAUCAAGGAUACAGUGUACGAUGGAUACUACAACUCACAGUCCAACCCCGAUGUGUUCAAAGCUUUCGGAAAGAUCGAGCGCAAGCUGCGGUGCUGCGGUGCUAACGACGCGCGCGACUACAGGAGCUGGAGGAACGACCUGCCGCUGACGUGCUGCCUCGACAGUUACUACCGUGCUACUUGUGAAUUCACCGACAAAGAGGCGAACGAACGUCUCGGUUGUGCUAAAGUGGCCUCAGUGUACACCAAGAUCAUCAGCUCUUCAGUGGCGGGAGCCUCGCUGCUCAUGUCGCUGCUGGAGAUAUGUGGUAUAGUGCUGGCGUGGAAGCUGUUCCACUCGCUGCGGGAGGUGGAGCACUACAUCACGGAGCGCAAGGAGGGUGAAACGGAGUGCUAG